CUUUUAGAUCGAAUGUUUUUCAAGAAUUUGUGCAACUUUUUCUUGCUCUUUUAAGCAUCGGAAACGUUGUAUCAACAACGGAAGAAAUACAGUAAGUGAACUCUAAGUUUGAAAAGAACCAGCAGAAUCUACGUGUAAACUUCCAGCCAAUCCCAGUGGAGACCCUUGGAGAGGCAACACGUCGUCACGGGCUGCUAGUUAAAAAAUAAAUAACAAGAAAUGGGUUCUGGAGAAGGCAGUGGUGUAGGAGGUGGUGCAGGUGCUGGUGCUGGUGCAGGAGGCUCAACAGGAACCACAGGGUCAGGGGGGACGCUAUGGCUUGUCAUCUGGCUCCUCUUGCUGGUUUUCGCUGCACUCUGGGUUGCCGGGUUCUGCGCAUGGUGGUACAUCAUGCUCAUCCCCUUCACAGUGUGCUUGCCACCAUUAGCGGCUGUCACUGAUGUUUUGCUUCGUGGAACACAGCUGACGUAUUUCUGUGCCAAGAACAUGAUGGACCGCAACAACUUCAAUGAAGCAAUGGCAAAUGCUGCCACCACUGUUCCUCCCACAGUUCUUGUUGUACAGAGCUAGACUUUGGUAUUGAAAGAGCAAUAUUUUUUUUAUAUAUAUAAGUAUUUCCUCAAGUUCUGUGUUCCACAAACUGAAAAUAACUUUUAAUACACAUUUCGUAUACAAAGGUACGAAUGGCAGGGUGUAGUAGUUCCAUGUGAUUAUAUAUAAAACAGGAUAUUGCACUAUAAAUCUUCCUCCAUCGGAUGGAUGCCAUGAAAAAAUACAUUUCAGUGAAAGGGAAGACCAAGUUUUAAUGAGAUUAUAUGAUAACUUUCCUUGGUGCCAAAUUUACAGACUUGUUUGAUAAUUUCUGGUCGAGCUGGAAUACAGCCUAGAGGAGUACUUACUAGUUUUUUUUGACAAUCUCUAUAUCUCAUAAAUUAUUGCUCAGUAUUUCAUGUUCAAUUCAAAAAUUUGCUUUCUGAUGUACAUGCAUUUAUUUUCAGAAGUUUGUAAACUGUUUUCUUGCCUUUUCAAUGCUACUCAGAGUUUGAUUUAGUCACUAAGCUAUUUCUAAUUUUCAUAUGCAGUCCUUUAUGAAUGUUAUGUACAGGAGAAUAGAUGUUGCAUUUUUGUUAAAAGCUAUAGUGUUGUUAAUAAUUCUUAUAUUAAUUUUUUGCAGUAGAUGUCCUGCAACUGAAAGAAAUGCUUCAGUCUUCCAAUUGCUUCUAGAAAUUUCACACUGAAUCUUUUGUAAUACCUAAUAUUGUUGAUUAUUAAAAGUCUAUUUUGGUUAAUACUUAGACAAGUCAGAAGUUUGUAGAGAAGUUUAAAUAUCUUGUUAUGAAUUUUUCUUGACUAUUGAAGACAGUGAAAAUCAUUGAAAAGGAAAAUCACAAUAAUAUAGAAAGAAAUGAAUGGUGUAUUUCUAUGAACAAAUGGUCAAAUAUAAAUACAUUUUUAUUUUUUUUUUUUUUUCUUCAUAUCCAUGUUUUCUAAAACCAUGCAAAAUAAUUUACAAUUUAUUGCUUGAAGCAAAUACCAACCUUGUAACAAAAUAUUGUUUGAAGUUUUUGGAUACCAUGUUGCAUAAAUAAAUGGUAUUUCUCUACUACACAAUAUGUUAAUUGAAGCCGCAUAUUGGUACUUUCAACAUUUCGAUCUUAAAAGGUCAAAUAUGAUUUUAUAUACGUUUAAGGAUCUGAAAGUUUUGCAUAUAAUUGUUUCAAUUUGGUAUUUUAGGUAAAGAUAUGAAUCGCAUAUUAUUUGGAGACAAUUUUCUACUUCAGAAAAAAAAAGAAACUUUUUCUUUCAUUUAAUUAGUCAGAUGCCGUUAUUAUAGUAAGAGGAUAAUUUACAGGGAAUUUACCUCUAUUAUUAUUGUCAUAUUGAAGAAAUUUCACAAAGCAAAAUGCAUCUUCCGAGUUAAAAGUCAUACUUGUAAUCACGUAUCACUUUUUAUACCUAGUAUGUAGUUUGAUUCUACUAACUAAGUAAUUACAGAAUAUUUACGUGCCCAUUUAGGUUAUUUAAUUUAUUGUUUGUUAAAUUUCAAUCUCGCUUAAAAACAGGCCAAUGUUUUGUAAUUUACCUUGUAAUUGAAGGCACAAAUCAAUCGGAAAGAGGCUUUUCUUUGGGUUGCCAUAUAAAGUAUGGAGAAAGUGUCUAGGGGAAAGAAAAUGCUGUUUCUAUUUUUUUUCUGUUAAACAUUGUUCCUAACUAUGAUGCACAAGUGUACUAUAGUUUGAAUUAUACUAAUAAGUGUUACCCAACAUUGCUACACAAGUUAUAAUGAAGCCCCAUUUAUGAGAAUGAACUUGUGUACUUUUUUUAUGUGCAUAUAACCAUGUGCAUCAUCCUUUAUAAUUUUACAGGUGUUGAAAUAAGAGAUUGACCAGGUCCAUGUAUUUCAAUGCACAAACUUAAGAUUGCGUUAUAUUUCAAAUAAGGCAAAAGCCUGAAAGUGUUGCUAAUUUUUUUGAUUUAAAAAUAAACUCAAAAGCCAAA